CAAACAUGGUGAGUGUGAAGGCGGCGAUUUUUCUCAUUUAACUGGGAAGUGUGAGUCAGUGUGAGGCUACGGGGAGACCAGGGGGUGUGAGGCGUGUGUGGCGUGGAGGUGACAGAGGAGUGGCGGUGUGGUGGUGAGCUGCCCCUGUCACUGCUCAAGACGGCGCAGAACCACCCCAUGCUGGUGGAGCUCAAGAAUGGGGAGACGUACAAUGGCAACCUGGUCUCCUGCGACAACUGGAUGAACAUCAACCUCAAAGACGUCAUCUGCACCUCAAGGGAUGGUGACAAGUUCUGGAGGAUGCCGGAGUGUUACAUCCGCGGCUCCACCAUCAAAUACCUGCGGCUGCCAGAUGAGGUGAUUGACCUGGUGAAGGAGGAGGUGGUGGCGCGGGGCCGUGGCCGAGGGGAGAGCAGAGGCCGCGGUGGUCCAGGCCGAGGCCGUGGUGGCCCUGGGAGAGGUGGCUUUGGAGGGCGUGGGCGUGGCGGGCCACCGGGUGGUGGCGGCCGCGGAGGGCCGGGGCGAGGUGGCAUCAAGAAAAAGGAAGGAUUCAAGUAGCUAUUAGAUAAAUAUAUUAUUUAUUUUGUUACAAGAAUUUACAGCCUAGGGUGUGUGGUUCACCUGGUGGUGCUGCCUUCACCGGCAACCUCCUUUGCCACCACAGGACUCGUUUCAGUAUGAAAUACAUGAAGUACAAAGAAAAUCUUUGUAGCACUGUUAACAUCAAUGUUUGGUUGUUAUACAUAGCAAAAUUACCCUCAGUCUUAUCACUAUGAAGAGAUGCACCUUUGCUAACUCUAAAGCCAUUAGCAGACAUAACCAAAUUUUCUAUUUCUUUUGAUCUGAUAUGUUUUUCAAUUUUUGGUGAAGUAUCUAUAAAUACCAGAUAAUCAGUGUUAUGUACACUUAAUAUCAAAGUUUAUAAGUAAAUGUGGGGAUGCAA